CAUCACACAACCAGACAGGACUCGCGAUGCUAACAACCCGGGUUAGCCAUGACAAUGCUCUGUUAUUGACCAGCUCUUCUCUCUUGACGGCUAAUUGAACCCUCCCUAAACUUCCAUGGGACUUAUGUGGAACGGAGGCUCCAAGGCGUCUUCAUGACUCGAAAUAAUCUUCGCGACCAAUUGACCUGGUUACUCGCGAAUGUUGGUCAGACCGCGCCAGACGCGCCUGUCCCGCCGCCAGCUCGAGACCACCCCGACCGCAACCCUUCGUCCGAUACGCCUCUCUCUCAGGCGACUCUUGCCGGAGCACGCCCGGAGACGCGUGUCAAUCCUAUUCCCGCCUCGUCUCUGUACCCGGUUCUGCCGAGCCCCGCGUCCCUCCCUCCGCAGUGGACAAAUGGACCGACGAAAUCCCCGGCGAGACCCUCUGAGCCACCCGAGAGAGCCGGUGGAACCGGUCCCGCGGAGGAGAGGAUGGGCCGCCCCUUGCCUAAAUCCGGGUCCAGACGACCCGGCCUAGUCAUGCGCGAGGAACAAUUGCCCACUCCGACAUCUACCGGCGCCGCCACCGGCUCCCUUACGAAGGAGUAUGACGCGUUACUAAAGAAUUCGAAUGCCGCCGGUGUUGCGAAUUCUGCGAAGAAGAGGGCCUCAGCGCAACGUCAGGUUCCGACCCCGGCAUCGGCGAUUCGGAGUGAAAAUACCCUCGACGUGCUGGAUCUGACGGGGGGGGACGACGAGCUGACUUCGCCCAAUUCUGCCGCGUUUACUAGCAAUGGCUCUGCUGCGCACACGGGGUUGGCUUCUACGACUGAGGAUACGACCGAGUUUGGAACCGACGUCAUGGUAUGGCAGGAGGACUACGCGAUGCGGCCAGAGCCUGUCCCCGUCUCAGAGAACUCGGAGGCCUUUGGGAGCGACGUCAUGGUAUGGGAGGAGGAGCACGCUAUGCGGCCGGAGCCGUUAACUCCCAAGCGUGGCCAGAAGCGAAAGAGCGAUCAGAUCAGCCAGCCGCCUCCUAUGCCUACCGUACUUGAUGACUUCCCGGACAUCUACGAACUUCUGUCGGAUGACGAUUUUCUGCCGUCUCGGACGAGGCGAUCUCCGACAAAGUCGCCGGCAAAGGCCAAGCUGAAGACUGGAUCGGACCCCACAUCGUCGAGACCUGUGGCCUCGACGAAGAAAGCAGCUGACCACAAACCUACGCAUGAGGCUGGGGCUUCUGCCAGCUCGUCACAUCCCCCGGACCGCGUUGUGAGAUCGUCGCCGAUUCGGCCGCGGCGGAGAGAUAAGCCCUUGCACGAAGUUAUGUCUACUGUUGAGGAAGAGAGGAUCGUGCCUCGCUCAGAAUACGAUUCGGCCCCCGAGAAAGAACCGGAGACCCCUAAAACCCGCGUGGCGCGGCCCAGAGCUACCAAAUCCGACGAUCGAAUCAUCGGGGACUCGGAUGAUGAACUACCGACACCAACUGCACCUGCCAGUACGGCCCACUCAGGCGAUCGCCCUAGGCUUUCUACCCGAAGAGCUGCGGACAUGGACUUCGUUAUUGCUUAUGAGACACCAUCGAAGCCCAAGCCGAAGAGUAAGAGUGUCAGGAACACACCGCUCCGUUCGCCUAGGAAGCCCGAGCCGAGUGCGUCGUUUCGGACGGAAACAGCCGGAGGCUCUGACCCGGACCCGGGGGCGGAGCUGUCCCAAGACUCGGAGGCCUUCACUCAGACGAACCCCAUAAUCGACGACGACGAGAAAAACGCUAUUCUUGAAUUAUUUUUGGCGCGGCCGUCGGUAAUCGAGAGGAAAAGAGAGGUACUGCGAGGGAAGAUGCAACAAAACAAGGAUGCCUAUAAACAGUCCUUGAAGAAUGGGGACCUCGAGCCUAGAGGUCGCCUGAAGCGGGAGAAAGAGAGGUUGACGAAGCAGCAGGCAGCCUUGGAUGCCCUUUCUAACGAAUAUCGCUCGUACGAGGAGGUCCAAGUAAAGAAGGACGCCCUGAUUUCGCGAAUAUCGGAUGCUUACGACCAAGACUUGGAUACUCAGGACGACGAGUCACGGCUUGAGGAGCUAGAAGGUUUGCUUAAGGAACGCCAAUUAUCCUUAAGAAAUAGUCUCGUGAAGGCCGGCGUCGACGAUAGGAACUUGUUUAAGGCCGCUGACCAUUAUUCCUACCCUAUUGUGCAAGCAACCCAACCAACCAAACCCACCCCCUCGACGAGUUUGUCUCGAGACCCAGCGCUGGUCCCACAAGGCAGCACCCAGAUUAUCCUCCAAACCCAACUCCCCGAGCACUCAGACUACGAGUCAAAGCCCCGCCACGGUCGAGAUGAGGCGCCUCCGAUGCCAUUGCAGAGUUCAAUGGGGCGGCCGCGCCGCCAGGCUGUAUCCCCGCUACCCGAAAUUGAGGAGAUGGUUGACGACCGACCAUCGUUCGCCUCGGCUAGCAGCAAGCUUGCGAGGACUCCGGCCCGCCAGAAGUCGACCGUAACCACCGUAAUUGCCGAUGAAGACCUUUACGCCUUCGACGACGAUGACGAACUACUAGAGGAUCUAUUCCCGUCCACCAGUCAUAGAGCGCCGGAUACGACGACGACCUACCCUCAGCCGACGAGUACGGUGGCCCGCAAGAGCCCGGCCAAGGCAAAACCUAGCCGGGGACAGGUUUAUCAUAGCGAUUAUAGUGAUGAUGUCGACAUGGCCCAAGCCGCCAAGGAGUUCGACCUUCAACAAUCGUUGUCGGCGACUAGGGUGCCUCCACCUCACCGCCCUGUGCUUUCGGAAACCUCUGGCAACGCGGGUGCGCGACCGCAAAAGUCCGCUGCCACGAAAGUUGCGGAUCCGCUGGUGACAACUCAUAUCCCACGCGAACUGAAGAAUCGUCCGUGGUUUAAGGAUGUGAAGAGGGCAUUGAAGGAUAGGUUUAGGAUGUCCGGGUUCCGGCACAACCAGUUGGAGGCGAUCGACGCUACCCUCUCAGGCAAGGAUGCAUUCGUAUUAAUGCCUACGGGAGGCGGGAAAUCGCUCUGCUACCAGCUUCCGGCCGUCGUUAGCAGCGGCGAGACCCACGGUGUCACCGUUGUCGUAUCCCCUCUCAUUAGCUUGAUGCAGGACCAGGUGGAACAUCUUCGCGCGCUGAACAUCCAGGCGGCGUCCUUCAGCGGCGAGGUGAAGGCGGCAGAACGCAGCGAAAUCAUGAGGCAGCUCCAAGAACGCUACCCAGAGCAAUGGCUACAGCUGCUCUACGUUACUCCCGAGAUGAUCAAUAAGAGCAAGGCCUUCCUGAACGGCCUGAACGCACUCUACCAGAAUCGGAAGCUUGCCCGCCUCGUCAUCGACGAAGCCCACUGUGUGAGUCAGUGGGGCCACGACUUUCGUCCGGACUAUAAAGAGCUUGGUAGUUUCCGCCGGAGGUUUCCCGGAGUGCCUCUCAUGGCGUUGACAGCCACGGCGACCCAAAACGUCAUACUCGACGUCAAACAUAAUCUGGGAAUCGAGGAGUGCAAGGAGUUUUCGCAGAGCUUCAACCGUCCCAACCUCUACUAUGCCGUCAUGAGGAAGGAGAAGGACAAUACUGUGUCCAUCGCCAACUUGAUCAACACGAAGUAUAAGGGAAAGACGGGCAUAGUCUACACGCUUGCUCGCAAAUCGGCGGAGAACAUCGCCAAGAAGCUGCGGGAUCACGGCAUCGCGGCCCAUCACUACCACGCGAGUAUCGAACCCGAGGAGAAGACGCGCAUCCAGAAGGAAUGGCAAGCGGGCCGCAUCAAAGUCGUCGUGGCGACGAUAGCCUUUGGGAUGGGCAUAGAUAAGCCUGAUGUUCGUUUCGUCAUCCACCAGUCUAUUCCCAAGAGCCUCGAGGGAUACUACCAGGAGACUGGCCGUGCCGGCCGAGACGGAAAGCCGUCCGAAUGCUACCUCUAUUUCAACUACGGCGACGUCAUGUCCCUUAGGAAGAUGAUCUCAGACGGGGACGGCAGCGAGGAGCAGAGGGAAAGACAGAGGAACAUGCUGAGCACCGUGGCAGCCUUUUGCGACAACCAGAGCGAUUGCCGCCGGGUCGAAAUCCUUCGCUACUUUGGAGAAUCUUUCAAAAAGGAGGAUUGCGGCGCGACCUGCGACAACUGUAGGAACAAUGAUGUGUUUGAGCAAAGAGAUUUUACCGAGUACGCAGUAGCCGCGAUAGGGCUUGUGCGAUCUCAGGGAAAACUCACGCUCAACCAAUGCGCCGAUUACCUGAUGGGCAAGAGAAAAUUGCCCGACGGCAAGCCAGGGGCAGAGCAGUUCUACGGGGUAGCUAGACAGCUACCGAAACACGAAGUGCAGCGCAUCGUCGACCGACUCGUAUCGGAAGACGCAUUGAAGGAGGAGAACGUCUUCAACAGGAAGACUAAAAUGGCUAUCCAGUAUUUCAGAGUCGGAUCUGGGGCGCGUGCCUUCUCGAGCAAGCAGCACCGACUUUUUCUGUCUACCCGAGUUAAGGGCAAGGAUAGUCAGGCGAGUGGGUCGAAAACACAGGCACGCACCGCCAAAGCAACUGCGACAUCAUCCAGGAACGCCGCGUCAAGCAACGUCCCGUCGACGAACGUGUCGUCACCGGUCCUACGUAAACAGCGUACGGGAAAAGGGAAGGCCGUUGCGACUUCGGACGGCGAGGACAGCGACGACGCCCAGGCUAGACACCCCAGCGGCUAUGCUCACGACGGGUUCGUGGUUGCCGACGAGGAAUCCGACGACGACUUCGAGACGAUGCCCGCCCGACGAUCGAAGUCUCGAUCCGAGCCCAAACCGAUCGGGCCUCCGAUAUCGCGCGACGUGCGCAUGAAAGACGCCGAGCUGAGCGGCCUGCACGACGACGUCGUCUGCAGCUUCCUCGAGGAGGCCAAAGACGCAGAGGAGGAGCUGCGGAACUCGAAGAACCUGCGGCAGCCGAUCUUCUCGGAGCAGCAGCUCCGCGAGAUGGCCAUAAGAUGGACCGUCUCGCUCGAGCAGAUGCGCCAGAUCCCCGGCAUCAACACCGACAAGGUGGACCGGUACGGCAGCGCGCUCCUGCCGCUGGUGCGGUCGUACCGCGCGCACUACCAGGAGAUGACGGACGCGGCGAGUCCGCGGCGCGCCGGCGAAGCGUCGGGCUCCCGCGACACGGUGGACCUCGUGUCGACCGACGACGACGACGAGGGCAUGCCAGACCUGGACCUGGACCUGGACCUGGACGAGGACGAAGAGGCGGAGGCGGCAGCGGCGGCGCGCGGGGCGGAGCGGUCGUCGUACUUCCCGGCGCCGGCGAAGCGCGCGGAGCGGCGGGGCCCGCCGACGUCCCGCGCGCGCUCGAACUCGUCGGCCCCGCGCGCCUCGUCGAAGGCGACGUGGUCCGGGGCCAAGCGGGCGUUCUCGGCGCGCAAGGGCGCGUCGUCGUCGGGAGGAGAAGGAGGAGGGGGAGGGGGAGGGGGAGGCUCAGCCAAGGGCAAGCCGUACGGCGGCGUCCGGAAGAAGGGCGCCGCGGGCUACCGGAGGGCGGCCGGCGCCGCGUCCGCGUCGUUCGGGCAGCAGGGCCGCGGCGGCGGCGGCGCCUCCGCGGGCGACGGAGCGGGCGGGAGAGCCGCCAGGGCGCGGCCGCACGGCGUCGGCUUCACCGGCAUCGGACUCAUGGAACACUGAACGCUUGCUCCCCACGGCCAAGGGGGCCGGGGAGGAGCAGUAAUUAUUACAUCUGGUCGGAGCGGAACGCGUGUCGUUUUUUUUCGUGCGUGUGCGUGUGUGUGUGUGUGUGUGUGUGUGUGUGUGUGUGUGCUGCAUGUUUAUACGUAUAUAUACCCCCUCCACUUCGCGGGAACAACGGACGGUUGGUUGCUUAGGCACGGUUAUAUGGGCUUUUUUUUUCCCACUUGCUUGCUUGUUUACGAUGCGUAUGAAAGGGCGCGGCCUACCUACCCACCAGCCUGUUCCGCGAAGCGCGACAAGCAGAUGGAUGGGGG